GAGUCCGCCCAAGCUCUCUAUGGUUCCGCAGCCUAGAGGCGGCUCGCCGCGCGACGGGCGGCGCCGUCACUUCCUGCUCUCGCUGGCCGGCAUUUCCGGUUGGACCGGCCCGGCUUGGCUCGGGGGCGGCGGGGAUGGCGGCGUCGGCAUCCCGCCGGCCGCGUCACUCCUGACGCCCGGCGGCCUUCGCGGCGCGGCGCUUCGCCGCCGGGUUUGUCGGAGGCGGUCGCCGGGCCUCGCCGCGGGCGCUCGGGUGCCCGCGAUGGCGUCGGUCACCAUGGCUACCUCGGAGUGGAUUCAGUUCUUCAAGGAAGCGGGGAUCCCCCCGGGCCCGGCUGUCAACUACGCGGUGACGUUUGUGGACAACAGGAUCCAGAAGAACAUGCUGCUGGACCUGAACAAGGAGAUCAUGAACGAGCUGGGCAUCACUGUCGUGGGGGAUGUCAUCGCCAUCCUCAAGCACGCCAAGGUGGUUUACCGGCAGGAGGUGUGCAAGGCCGCGACGGAGACCCUGGGCUCCACCCCGCCCAGCAUGCAGUCGGAGUUGCGCCGAAGUGCCAACAGCGCUGCCACUCGAAUGAUUGCGAACAGCUUAAGCAGGGAUUCACCGCCUUUGACCCCUGUGCGACGCCCUGACACCGCCAGCACGUCCAAGAUCUCUGUGACUGUGUCCAACAAGCUGGCAGCGAAGAACAACGCCAAAGCAGUCUCAUGUGAAGCCGCAGCUGAGAGUCCAGCUGUCCCGGUGAAGAGGCGAUGCGUCACGGCCGAGAUGGAGGGGAAAUAUGUCAUCAGCAUGCCCAAGGGUACCACGCCGCGGACAAAGAAGAUUCUGGAGCAGCAGGCGGCCAAAGGGCUCCAGCGAACGUCCGUGUUUGACCGGCUGGGGGCCGAGAUGAAGGCAGACACCACUACAGGAAGCAAGCCCACUGGGGUGUUCAGCCGGCUGGGAGACACACUGGAGGCAGACAAGGACAAGGCGGGCGAGAGCGACGAUGACUGCUCCGUGCUGCAAUACGCCGGUGUCCUCAAGAAGCGCGCCAAGCCCCUCCGCAAGGAGAGCACCAAGCCGGGCAUCACAGUCAAAGCCAAGGCCACCAGCUCAAAGCCCAAACCGACCGUGACCACCAUCCGGCGCCUGGGAGGCAAGAGCACUGGCACCACAGCAGCCAAAGAGAGGAAGCCCGAGGUGGGCUCCAAAGGCGGCAUGGCCCAGAGACUCGGGACGGCCCCACCGGCCGCGGCCCAGGACAGCAGCGUCACCAGCACCCGGAGCAGGCCCGAGCCAGCGUUCCGGGUCACUAUAAAGAGGACUGUGGGCAGCACCAAGGUAAGCAGCACCAGCGAGCUGCACAGUGCUCAGAUGGACAGCGCAGGCACCGUGAGCGUCUUUAAGAGACUGGGCAGGAAGGCCGACUGAGCUGCCGGGCCACAGAGGCCGGUUCUGCACUGCUCCGUCUGUUGCGGGCGCCAUCACCACUCCUCCCAAGAGCCUCCUCGCGAGCCCGAAACAAGGGGAUUCUCGCGUGGCGCCGGAACAGAACUACCGCGCCGGCGGUCCCCUGGCUCCCUGCAGUGCGGGGCAGAGGAGCAGAGGUGGCGUGGCGAGCUGGGCUCCGCAUCCACCAAGCCGGUGCUCUCCCUGGCUGCCCUUCUGGCACCUUUCUCCUGCACUCAGGGUCACUGAAAGCUGCCUUCUAUUUCUUCUCCUCUUCCCUCUUCUCUUCUCCUCUGCAGGUUGUUUCUUGUCUCUAGGACGUUGCGCUGCGAGGACUCCGUAAGGAGCCAUUACAGAGUGGGGACGCGGUGCCGGCGCUCUCGAGCAUGAGGGUAAUCUCGGGCCGGUCCCCUGUAGCGCUAGCGUUUCUAGUCCCUGUGCAUAGCUCGGCUCCUGAUAACUGCUGCCGCUGGGUGCAAACAGCUGCCAGAAGGCGGCACGGAUCCUCCACCUUCUGCGCACAGCUCUGCGCUGCCUAGAGCAGGCCAGAAGGAUGUGGAUCCUGGACGCUUCUGUGUCCGUUCGAGCAGCAUUUUGUUUGCUGAUGACAGUGGGGCCCAGUUCAGUCCUCCGGAGCCAUUUGCACGGCAGUAGCUUUCUCUUUGUUUUGAGCACAUAGUUUUCCCACCUCCCCCAUGGCCAGAUCUCAGGCAAACGGGAGUUCAGCCCCUGUCCAUUCUCUGGGGAAAAGCAUCAGCCCCUGGGACUGGGAGGGCUAGUUCUUAGUAGCACCAAAAUUGAAAGAGGAGGGAGGUUCAGCUGCACACCUGCAGGUGCAGUCUCAGCUCCUGGCUUCGGCCCCUUCCCACUCCCCUGGCCCCAGGAGGUGGUGGUACCACUCUUGCUGCAGCUGUAUCGGUGCCAAGCGCAUGGUGCCUGGAACACCAUGGCACGGUGGCGGGAGCCUGCAGAGCUGGGCCUGCCCAUUCAGUGUUUGGUGCGCCAGCUCCAACGACUCCCUGCUAGCACCAGCCCCAGGGCAGAGGGGAAGGGGAUGCCGUCUGCAAUGGGCACAGAGCGGCGAGUGCAGUCUCUUCAUUAAGAGACCUUCCCUGGCAAGGGCAGAAUGGAGAACAGCUGGGAGAGCAGCUGCACGGGUCCAAACCGCUCCACCCUCGGUGCCAGAGAGAAUGUGGCCAGUACAAUGGCUCUGGCAAGGGCAGUGGGCGCUUCUCCCCUUAGCUCAGUGCAGGGUCCAGCCCUGUCCUAGAGCCAGCACUGGGGGUGUAAUGUCCCCAGGGGUUACUGCAGCUGGGCCAGCCGUCUGCCACAGCAAUGUUUGCACCCAUUCUUUUCGUCUCCAUUUAUUAAGCCAAACCCCUGAAGCCUCUUCCUCAGCCAAACUGCCAGGAGCGAUCCAGACCAGUUCUUUUUCUGCUUUGGGCUUGUUCCCUCUGUUCGCAUUUGCUGACCUGUCUUUCCAUGGCGGCUCCUAGGGCGAAGUGCAUUGGUUCUGCUCAGUUUCCUCAUGCAACACCACAUCUGAGUACUGGUUUUGGGCUUUAAUCCUGUGAAAACACGACGGGGAAAGGCAGGGAAGCCUUCUGGAACGAACCUCCUGGCUCGUUUCUGUGGGCUGCUAGUGUUGCACCUGGCAAGGGAAGUCUUUUUUUUCCCUGAAAGCCAAGUCCGUUUUCUAUUUUUUGUGAGUUUUCUUACUGCUUUUGGAGGGAGGGGCCGGUGUUGCUGGGUUUUUUAGACUGUUAAACAACCCUUUCCUACCCGAAGGAAAUCUGCGCAGGCUGCCACCUGUCACGGAGUGGGGGAAGAAGGGGGUCGUGUGAUGUUCUCGUGGCACCUCCCAUGUUUGUUAACAACGCCACGUGCUCUUUGCAAUAAAGCGUGGAAAUGACCGUU